AGAUAGUCGGCGUCGGAGUUCCUAAUUGUCAUUAUUCGCAAGUUAAUAAUUAUAAGAAAAAUGCAAGAACAAGAAAACAGAGAACGAGAAAGCUGCGGUGGCCGCCGCGCUAAGAUGGAUGCGGUGGACGAGAAGAGCCGGCGGAUUGGGCGGUCGUCGGCGCGCGUUGAAGAGCAGCCAGCCCACUUCUGCUGCCGCGGUUGGAGGGAGUAUCUGUAUGAGUGAUGGAGGGCGGUGUUGUUUUCCCGGGAGUAACGUAGGCUGGGCAUAAUUAAUUGAGAAUUGGGUUUUGAGGGGAUGCUAAAAUUGUCAUGGAGUGGCAGGUGUGUCGGAUCUGGCGAAUCCGGAUAAAACCAAAAAUCCAAACAUCCAGCGAUGCAGAGCAGAGCAGAGUGGUUUACAUUUGUAGGAUUUUCACUCAAAUCAUAAAAAGGGAUGGAUUGGAUUCACUUCCGUUGCGUAAACUGUCAUUUCCAGCCACCUCCCAAGCGACGAUUCUGUGGAGCCACAAAAACCAUUUUCACAUUUUGUCUCGUUUUUUCUUUCUUUCUUCUUCUUCUUCUUCCUUCUGGUGAACCGAGUGGGAGCUUGGAAAAAGAAAAGUUGUUCAAGUAAAUGGCUUCAAAGGAAGGUCGGAAUAUGAGAGACCCGCUGAUUCAAAAGAGCAGCCGCAAGAAUGAGAGCUUGUGGAUGGUUUACCUCAGCACUUUCGUUGCUGUUUGUGGGUCUUACGUUUUCGGAUGCGGCGUGGGAUUCUCAUCUCCAACCCAAGAUGCAAUCAGGGAAGAUCUGUCUCUGUCUCUGGCCGAGUAUUCGGUGUUUGGUUCAAUUCUGACAUUUGGGGCAAUGAUCGGUGCCAUUACUAGCGGUCCUUUGUCUGAUCUACUUGGCCGAAAAGGGGCGAUGAGACUGUCGAGUGCCAUCUGCGCUGCAGGCUGGCUUGCCAUUUACUUAGCUAAGGGUGCAGAGGCAUUGGACAUUGGCAGAUUGGCAACUGGCUUUGGGAUGGGAGUCUUCUCAUACGUGGUGCCUGUUUUCAUAUCCGAAAUUGCGCCCAAGAAUCUUCGAGGGGCUCUAGCUACAUUGAAUCAGGUUAUGAUAUGCGGUGGGGCAUCAGUAUCUUUCAUUAUUGGCACAUUUCUAACAUGGAGGGCUCUUGCUUUAACAGGACUUGUCCCUUGUGCAAUUCUGCUUUUUGGGCUGCAUCUCAUUCCAGAAUCUCCCAGAUGGCUGGCAAAGACAGGUCAUGAGAAGGAUUUUGAGGUCGCAUUGCAGAAACUUCGUGGCAAUGAUGCUGACAUUUCGGAGGAGGCAGCGGAGAUUAAGGAAUAUAUUGAGACACUAGACCGGCUUCCCAAAGUGAAGUUUUUGGACUUGUUCCAGAGAAGAUACCUACGAUCAGUCAUUGUAUUGGUGUUGGGUUGAUGGUUGUCCAACAGUUUGGAGGAAUUAAUGGAGUGGCCUUUUAUGCGAGCAAUAUUUUCAAGUCUGCAGGAGUAUCCCCCAGUGUUGGAACCAUUACCUACGCCAUUCUUCAGGUUGUAGUGACACUCUUAAUUACACAAGUGAUAGACAGAGCAGGAAGGAAGCCUCUUUUAUUGGUUGCUGGGUCUGGUUUGGUGCUAGCCUGCAUGAUCAUAGGCCUUUCAUUCUACCUCAAGGUCAAUGAAUUGGCAAUCGAAUUCGUCCCCCUGCUGGCUGUAACUGGCAUAUUGUUAUAUAUCGGAUCUUUUUCAGCAGGGAUGGGUGCUGUUCCUUGGGUGAUAAUGUCCGAGAUAUUCCCAGUGAACAUCAAAGGGAUAGCUGGAGGUUUUGCAACGUUAGUAAACUGGUUUGGCGCGUGGUCAGUAUCUUACACCUUCAACUUCCUCAUGUCUUGGAGCUCCUACGGUACGUUUCUUGUUUAUGCUGCAGUCAACGCACUAGGCAUAGUGUUUGUACUGAAGGUCGUACCAGAAACUAAAGGCAGAACCUUGGAGCAGAUACAAGCAGCCAUUAAUGGUUAGAGAAAAGCUGGAAGUAGGGCUUGUUUUUGUGAGCUCUGGCUGGCAGGGAGCUGAAAAGGGAAAUUAACAUCUAUAGGAUAUCAGUUAAUGGCAUAUCGCCACUUCAAAUUUUUUUUUUUUUUUUGCCAAAUUAGUUUGUUCUUUCUCUUCGCUUCACUUUUGUUCUCAAUUUCCCAAGUUGUUCUAGAAUAUAUUUAACUAGUGUUUUUUGCCCGCUCAUUAUUCAUUUGUAUUUUCUUCUCUUAUUUUACAACUAGCAGAGGGGAUGGAUUAAAUUAGUGAUUGUUUUUGGGUCGAUCAUAGAAGCCCAUUAGUCCAAUUUGAAACCACAAAGACUAUCAGU